ACCCAGCCAUGUGGCCAAGGGAUUGGUUAAUACGGAUCAGCACAAUGAGGUGGUGUGAAGUGGCUGUGGCACACUACAGCAGUACACAUCCAUAUGAAGAAUGCUAUAUACCUGGCCGACAUUUCGUGAUUAGAAUCCAUGCCUUAUCUCCCAUACACAAAAGGGAGAAACUAUAGAGGCAUUCUGUGACUAUACUAUAGCCUGGCAGAGCUCUCAAGAACUAGAAUGUUAAUAGCCAGUGCUGUGACAGAGGAGAGAAGGAAGCUUGAAAGAGACAGCAGUGCUCCCUUGCCAGUUGUAUGUGCACACCAAACACAGAACUAAUGCCAAAUUAGUUUCAGAGGAG